GAUAGGCGGGGCACACCCGUCGCGCUUGCGCAAACACGGUUGUCGGAAAGUGGCGAGCCUGAGGCGAACAAUGGCGGAGCUAGGUGAAGCUGGUGAAGCUGAGUUGCAGCGCCUCGUGGCCGCCGAACAGCAGAAGGCGCAGUUUACUGCACAGGUGCAUCACUUCAUGGAGUUAUGUUGGGAUAAAUGUGUGGAGAAGCCAGGGAAUCGCCUAGACUCUCGCACUGAAAAUUGUCUCUCCAGCUGUGUAGACCGCUUCAUUGACACCACUCUUGCCAUCACCAGUCGGUUUGCCCAGAUUGUACAGAAAGGAGGGCAGUAGGCCAUCCCCCAGGAGAAUGACAGAAGCAAAGGACUUGUUAUUAAGCAGACUUAAGGGCCUGUGGGGGAAGGCUGUCAACCCAUUGUCAGAUCAGCAUCAGGCUGUUAUCAAGUCUGUUGGUGCUAAAAAGUAAAAGAUGAAAUGUUCAAAGAGUGAAAUUUAUUUAUUUGGAAUUCAGAAAUUCCAGGUUGUUAUCAUGUCAGUUACUCAAUAAGUGUGAAUUCUCCAACUCUUCUUUUAAUCCCAUUUUAGAAUUUAAUAUAGAGAUCUCUGAUUGGCAGGAACACUAGAAAUAAAUGUUCCAUGGCCAGUAGUGCAAAUGGGGGAUUGUAGGUUUUUACAAAACCACCCUAAGCCAUAUUAAGGGGGUUGGAAGAACCAUCAAAGCCUAAGGCAUAGAAGAAAAUUUGGGGUUAAGAAAGGUGAAGAACAGAAAACAGCUUUAUUGCUUAUACACGACCAAGAAAAGGUAAACAUGGCAAAAAAAAAAAAAA